AUGACGGCAUCAAUAUAUUUCAAGGCUGUCAAAAAAUCCCAUGAGCAGUUGUUCAUUUUGGUCCAUUUGACAGAUGGUGCACCCGCCCACGGCGCGGAGAGUGUCACCGUCGCAUACAAAAACGGUGUAGACGACUGUAGGGUUAGGGGUGUGUUUGUCGACAAUGAAUUGGUGUCAUUUGUUACAUCGUACAACAAGAAGGGCGUCUAG